GGUCUGUUGAACAGAAAGGGCCGCUAUUGGCCCGAGUAUGGCAGCGUUCGUCAACGCUGAAAAAUGUACCUCCCCUUUAGAUUUCCACACUGGUAGACAAUGAAACGCACAGUAACCGCCUGUUCUCUUUUAUAAGGAAUACCGCUUACGGAGAUCGAAAACUGUUAUUCUUUUUUCGCUGAAACUGUCUUUGAGAUAUGGUCGGAAUUAUUAUCAUGAUUCGUGUGGAUUGCAGUUUUAUUAAAAGGACACAGGAUUAUCCCUGCAAAGCAAUGAGGCGGCAAGUACUGUUGUUCUUCUUGGUUUUCUCUCUCACCUCGGUGUUCGGGCAGGUCAGCUACUCCAUUCCUGAGGAAAUGGAGAAAGGGUCUUUAGUGUGUAAUGUGGCUCGGGAUUUAGGUUUAGACAUUAAAAGGCUGAAAUCCGGCAGAGCGCGCGUUCAUUCUGGAGAUAGUGCCGAAUAUAUUGAGCUGAAUAGAGACCGUGGUGUCCUCCUUAUAAAAGAAAGGAUAGACAGAGAAACGCUGUGUGGCGACACGACGCCCUGUGCUUUACUUUUACAGAUGAUUCUGGAAAAUCCGAUGGAACUGUUUCGAAUAACAAUAGAAAUCACAGAUAUUAAUGACAAUGCUCCCAGCUUUGCGUCGAGCGAAAAGCGCUUUGAAAUCAGCGAGUCAGCCAUCAUUGGGUCUAAAUUUGUGCUGGAGAAAGCCAUCGAUGCUGACAUCGGUACAAAUGGUCUCCAGAGCUAUUCCCUUAAUCCAACAAACAACUUUGCGCUGAAAUUAGAGAACCAAGCGGAUGGGAGUAAGAAGGUGGAAAUGAUUCUACAGAAGCCUCUGGAUCGAGAGCAAGAUCAACAUAUAUUGUUAUUAUUAACUGCUCUGGAUGGCGGGCAGCCGCGUAUGUCAGGUACAAUGCAGAUCACUGUUAACGUGUUGGAUGUAAACGACAAUGCACCAAUUUUCACUAAGCCAGUAUAUAAAGCAACAAUAACCGAGAAUUCACCGGCUGGAACCAGCGUUAUAACUGUUAGAGCAUCUGACAAAGAUGGAGGCUCUAACGGGGAAAUAUCAUACGCGAUUUCAAACAGCAAACGUCGUUUGUCCGAUUUAUUUCAGAUUGAUAGAAAAACUGGAGAGGUUAUCGUGAUCGGUCAAAUAGACUAUGAAAAAACGAAGCUCUUCCAAAUAGAUAUAGAAGCUACGGACAAUGGUGGGCUCUCUGAUUCCAGUAAGAUUCUCUUAGAUGUUACUGAUGUCAAUGACAACAGCCCUCAGCUGAAAAUACUCUCUAAGUCAGAUGCCAUUUUAGAAGACUCGCCUGAGAGUACUGUAAUUGCAAUGCUAAGCGUAAAUGACCCUGACUCUGACAGG